AUGAACAAGAACUCUCCAGCUUGGAAUGGAGGACGGAUUCAUUACACUAAUUCCGGAGAUGAAGUAAUCCGGGCUUAUAAAGCUCAAUAUGAUGAGGACACGGAUCGAUUCCUGCAAGCCAGGGCUCAUGAGGUUGUGCUUGGUGGGUUGAUGUUACUCAUCUUUUCUAGCAUCCCCAAAGGAACUCUUCAUUCUCAACCUUUAGGAAAUAUUUUUUUCAACCUUUUGGGUUCUUGCCUUAUGGACGUGGCUAAGAAGGGAAUUAUUUGUGAGGAGAAAGUGGAUUCCUUUAACAUACCAUACUAUGUCCCAACUCCUGAAGAAUUCCAAGCUGCUGUCGAACGAAAUGGAUGUUUUAGCAUUGAGAGAAAAGAAAAUGCUCGGGGAGUUUUUGUGAGUAAAAAUCUUCCUAAUGCACAUAUUUUUGCAUCCCAUCUGAGAGCUGGUAUGGAGGGAAGACUCAAGCAGCAUUUCGGAGGCGAUAUUAUAGACGAGCUCUUUAACUUGUACCACAAGAAAGUAGAAGAAAUGGUCCCCUUUAUGCUAGAAUCUGGGAAAAGAAUGGACUUAUUUGUUGUGCUUAAACGCAAAGCAGACAUCUCUCCUUUGGUCCCAUAG